AUGUGUAUGUAUCUUUUUAACCAUUUAAGUUCUAAAACAAUUAUCAUUAUAAAAGAGCUGCUUCAUUUAUCUGAUCUGGAAGUCCUCCUCUCAAGCAAUAAUGAUUUCAAUGGAACACUAUCAAUGGAAGCUUUCACAUCUCUUCACAAUCUGAAGUUCUUAGAUUUGAGUUGGAAGAAUUUCGUUGGGAGCAUCCCAUCAACAAUAAAUGCAUUAUCACCUUCCAUUGGAGUUGUCUCAUUUGCCAACAACAAGUUUAACGGCUUGAUACUUGGUCUAUGUGAGUUGAAGCACCUGCGGGAGUUGGAUCUUAGUCACAACAUGUUCGAGGGAAACCUGCCUCAAUGUUUCAAUAGUUUAUCAUCUCUUAAGUUGCUCGAUAUUUCAUCAAAUCAAUUCAGGGGAACACUUCCGCCAUUACUGAUUGCCAUUCUCACAUCUCUCGAGUAUGUUGAUUUUAGUGAUGACAACUUUAAAGGUGCAUUCUCAUUUAGCUCAUUCUCCAGUCAUACAAAGCUAGAGGUAGUUAUAUUUAAAUGCAACAAUGACAAAUUUGAGAUGGAAACAAAAGAACCCAUGGGUUGUAUUCCGAUGUUUCAAUUGAAAGCUCUUGUGCUCUCUGGUUGCAACCUAAACCGGCCUAAAGCAAGUGUUGUUCCUAGGUUUCUUCUUCAACAACGCAUGUUAUGGAUGAUAGACCUAUCACACAACUCUUUGAGGGGACAGUUUCCAAAUCGGUUGAUUGAGAAUAAUACAAUGUUGGAAGCACUUAUUCUAAGGAACAACUCAUUUGGUGGUACUAUUAAUCUGCCGCUACAUACACAUGCUAACCUAACGUGGUUGGAUAUGUCCGAAAAUCAGAUUUUUCGUACCAUUCCGAGGGAUAUUCAUAAGUUCUUUCCAUAUUUAACGUAUUUAAAUUUGUCUAGGAAUUCUUUAAAUGGUUCUAUCCUAUCUUCAAUUGGUGAUCUGAGUGGGUUAAAGGUACUGGAUUUAUCUGAUACCGAGUUCUCAGGAGAGGUUUCAAAGGGGGUGUUCAGAAAUAGCUCAGAAUAA